CCGGUCAGGACCUGGUGCACACCAGGAUUACCAACACGUCACCCCAUGUUGGGUCAUGGGCUCGUCUCAUUGAGCCACACUUAACUGCAGCACCUGCUGGUUUCAAUGGCGGGAGGUGUCCCAUGACAGACUGGCAGUAACACCUUCCCACAGGUUGGCAUUUUCAACAGCUUGAGGCUCAAAGAAAGAACAGCUUCAUGCAAAACAAAAUGGUUCCCUGUAAAACACCCACCCCCUGCCCAUGAAGUGGAAUGUCCCAACUCUGCUCCCACUGUGACCCAAAGAGAUGAUGGUAGGCUCCUCAGUCCAGCAGGACCCAAGGGCCCCAGGUGACCGUUGGUGCCGCACUUCCAUCUUUCAACCUCUAGAGGGAGCGCUGACCUCUCAUCCUCAACCAAGUCUCAACAACCGUGGUCUCCUGUUGCCUGGACUCCUCCCUCCAUGGGGGCUGCUGGGAUGAAGUUGCUCUUCCUUGCCUCCCGCCACAACUUUACACCACUUGGCCAGCUAAGGAUGCAGCAAAACUGAGAUCACAACAUUUUAUUGAUGUCUGAGCCAAGUGUGUCAGUGCAGAAGCUGCCCGUGUAGUACCAGGAGCCGGCAGCAGAGGGUGUAAGCACAAUGAGAGCUCUGUCAGGACCGUGAGGAGCGUUACUACCAUAUCAGCAGCAUCACGUUUAGAGAGGACCCUGUAACCUCACAUCUUGAAGUGGUAGAAACUUGCACUUCUAACUCCAAACACCUGGAUGCAGAGAUGUUCUUCAUCUCUUCAAAUCACCCAGAGGGACUCACAGCACAACAAAGCAAAUGGAAGCCAGCCUCAGGAUCAGAGUAAAACAAAGCAGCACCUGGGCUUAGGAAAGCAAGUCUUCUCUUUUGGAGUCAGACCUCAAAGAAGAGUGCAUUAUGCCUGUCCUAUCUUCCACCAAAAUGGGUCCAUUGCCUGAGAGGUGAAGGGAUGUGGUGCGCUACAGUGCGGAAGCUCAACCAGGCUGGCAAACUACUGCAACACUAUGGAUACUGGAGAUUCUCCCUACCGGAAGAAAAGGAGACCUUGGCGCAUGGACUUCUCAUCCUUCGCCUUGGUUACCGUGGCGCUCGCCGUGUGCCAAACGGCCGUGGUUCGUGCAGACCCAGUGGAUGUGUUGAAGGCUCUGCAGGUUCCCUCCCUUCCUGAGGGUGUGAAGAAAGUCCCCGGCUUCUGCACCUCCCGUCGCUCUAGCAGCCCUGAUCAUGCUUACCGCAUCACCAAGAAGGCCCAGAUCUCUGCCCCCACCAAGCAACUUUUCUCAGGGCGAUUCCCAGAGAACUUCUCCAUCAUGGCUCUGGUUAAAGCCCAGGCCGGUCUCCAGGCAUUCCUCCUAUCCAUCUACAGCGAGCAGGGAAUCCAGCAGCUGGGCAUUGAAAUGGGACGCUCACCUGUUUUCCUGUACGAGGACCAGAAUGGCAAGCCUGCACCCGAGGACUACCCACUGUUCAGAGGCGUCAACCUGGCUGAUGGCAAGUGGCAUCGCAUCGCUUUCUCUGUUUCAAAGAAAAAUGUGACACUGCUAUUGGACUGCAAAAAGAAGAUGACUCGCCCCCUGCCCCGCGGCAACAAUGCUGAGGUUGACACUAAUGGCAUCACAGUGUUUGGAGCCCGUCUGCUUGAUGAGGAGGUUUUCCAGGGAGACAUCCAACAACUGCUGAUUGCCAACAACGCCCAAGCUGCUUAUGACUUCUGUGAACACUACAGCCCUGACUGUGAUUCCCCACUGCCCAAGACCCAGGCUCAGGACCCCAACACAUACGAUGACCAUGAAUACCCUUAUUAUUAUGAGGAAACAACAGACAUUCCCUCCUUCACAGCAUUCCCCUCUCUCAAACCUGGGGCCCUCAAUCAACAGGAUGUAGACACUGAAUAUUCCGAGGCUGGCCACACCCCUACAGAGACUGAUUAUUACUAUGAGGAGAUGGCUCCACUGCCAGAGGGUGAGGUGGUUGGACAAGAAGAGACCCAUGUACAGCCUCAGGUGGAGCCAUCGUUGGUGGGAGAGGAGGUAGAUUCCACCAAGGCAGGCGGUGUGGUUGAGGAGGCCUUCACUGAAGAGUAUGUGACUGGGGACGUGGGUAUGAAGGAAUACGACUACUCCUACAGGGACUACAAUGAGCCAUUAGUGGAGACCGGAGAGGUCGAUGCCAACAUGGGCCCCGCCCUGUCCGCUGUGACAGACGAGGGAGGCGCUGCUGUCAGAGCCCAGAAAGGAGAGAAAGGAGAACCCGCUGUCUUGGAGCCUGGUAUGCUAAUUGAAGGACCUCCAGGACCUGAGGGACCUGCUGGUCCAUCUGGUCCCCCUGGCUCUUCUGGACCUCCUGGCUCUGUCGGUGACCCUGGCGAGAGGGGUGUUCCUGGUAGGGCUGGUUUGCCGGGGGCAGAUGGAGUCGCUGGACCUCCUGGAACCUCAGUCAUGCUGCCUUUCCGUUUUGGACAGAGUGGAGGAGAAAAGGGUCCUGCAGCUUCCGCACAGGAAGCCCAGGCUGCAGCCAUCUUGUCUCAGGCCAGGAUGGCUCUGAAAGGACCUCCUGGGCCAAUGGGAUUCACUGGGCGCCCUGGACCCCUGGGAAAUCCAGGAAGUUCUGGUCUGAAGGGAGAAGGUGGAGACCCUGGUCCUCAGGGUGUUAGGGGACCCCAAGGUGUGUUGGGACCGCCAGGAAAAUCAGGAAGAAGAGGCCGUGCUGGAGCUGAUGGUGCCAGGGGAAUGCCAGGGGAGCUUGGAACCAAGGGUGACCGAGGUUUUGAUGGCCUUCCUGGUUUGCCAGGGGACAAAGGGCACAGGGGUGAUUCAGGAUCAAUGGGACCCUCAGGACCUCAGGGAGAGGAUGGAGAGAGGGGAGAUGAUGGAGACGUUGGACCCAGAGGUCUCCCAGGUGAACCAGGACCUCGUGGUUUGCUGGGACCUAAAGGUCCUCCUGGAAUCUCUGGACCUCCCGGUGUACGAGGAAAUGAUGGGCCCCAUGGUCCCAAGGGAAACCUGGGUCCCCAAGGUGAGCCAGGACCCCCAGGUCAGCAGGGAACCCCAGGAACUCAGGGAAUGUCAGGACCUCAGGGAGCACUUGGACCCCCAGGAGAGAAAGGCCCAACAGGAAAACCAGGUCUGCCAGGAAUGCCCGGAGCUGAUGGCCCUCCUGGUCACCCAGGAAAGGAGGGGCCUUCUGGCACCAAAGGAAACCAGGGUCCUAACGGUCCCCAGGGAUCUGUUGGCUAUCCUGGGCCUCGUGGCAUCAAGGGAGGUCAAGGUAUUCGUGGACUGAAGGGUCACAAGGGAGAGAAGGGAGAAGAUGGCUUCCCUGGAAUUAAGGGGGAUUUCGGUUCCAAGGGAGAAAGGGGUGAGAUUGGUGUCCCAGGGCCCAGAGGCGAGGAUGGUCCAGAGGGGCCAAAGGGUCGUAUUGGACCUCCUGGUGAGAUCGGAUCUCUUGGAUUAGUCGGAGAGAAGGGUAAACUUGGUGUGCCUGGACUUCCUGGAUAUCCUGGAAGACUUGGACCAAAGGGCUCUCUUGGAUUCCCAGGAUUCCCUGGAUCAAAUGGCGAGAAGGGAACAAGGGGUCUUGGCGGCAAAGCUGGGCCCAGAGGACAAAGAGGACCUACGGGCCCCAGAGGGCAGCGUGGACCGAGGGGCUCUACUGGAAAAUCAGGAGCAAAGGGAACUUCAGGAAGUGAUGGUCCUCAUGGUCCACCUGGAGAGAGGGGAUUGCCUGGGCCCCAGGGAGCUAAUGGUUUCCCCGGACCAAAAGGACCUCCUGGACCCCCAGGAAAGGACGGGCUGCCUGGACACCCUGGACAGAGAGGAGAAGUUGGUUUCCAAGGUAAAAUGGGUCCACCUGGGCCUCCUGGAGUUGUGGGACCUCAGGGUCCAUCUGGAGAGACCGGCCCCAAUGGUGAGCGUGGCCACCCUGGACCCCCAGGUCCACCUGGAGAGCAGGGACUUUCUGGUCCCUCAGGGAAGGAAGGUACCAAAGGAGACCCUGGACCCGCUGGAGGCCCUGGUAAAGAUGGGCCACCAGGUCUGAGAGGCUUCCCUGGAGAGAGAGGACUGCCUGGAACUCCUGGAGGAGGAGGACUGAAGGGAAGUGAAGGACCUGCUGGACCCCCUGGACCUGCUGGAUCUCCUGGUGAGAGAGGUCAAGCUGGUACUGCAGGGCCUGUUGGACCUCCUGGCAGACCUGGCCCUCAGGGGCCUCCUGGACCUGCUGGAGAGAAGGGAGUUCCUGGUGAAAAAGGACCCAUUGGCCCGGCUGGUCGUGAUGGAGUGCAGGGCCCUGUGGGUCUGCCUGGCCCUGCUGGAUCACCUGGAGUGCCAGGAGAGGAUGGAGACAAGGGUGAAGUUGGAGAGCAUGGUCAGAAGGGCGCCAAGGGAGGAAAAGGAGAGCAUGGUCCUCCUGGUCCACCAGGGCCAAUGGGUCCUCUUGGUCAACCUGGACCCGCUGGUGCAGAUGGAGAGCUUGGGCCAAGGGGCCAGCAGGGGCCUUUUGGAGCUAAAGGUGAUGAAGGAACCAGAGGAUUCCCAGGCGCCCCAGGACCCAUUGGACUGCAGGGAUUACCUGGACCGCCAGGUGAGAAGGGAGAGACUGGAGAUGUUGGCCCUCUGGGUCCUCCAGGCCCUCCAGGUCCCCGUGGCCCUGCUGGACCCAACGGUGCUGACGGUCCUCAAGGUCCCCCUGGUGGUUUGGGUAAUCCUGGACCUCUUGGAGAGAAGGGAGAGCCUGGUGAGGGUGGACCACCUGGAAUCGGAGGGGAGCCAGGAAAGAAGGGUCCUCGUGGAGAGCGCGGAGAGAAGGGAGAAGCUGGACAACCUGGAACUGGUGGACCUACUGGAGGCCGAGGACGACCCGGAGAUGACGGGCCCAAAGGAAACCCUGGUCCUGUUGGUUUCCCUGGGGAUCCUGGUCCCCCUGGUGAGCUUGGACCUAGAGGCCAAGAUGGUGCCAAGGGAGAGAGAGGAGAAGAUGGCGAAGCGGGAGAAUCUGGUUCACCUGGACCUCCCGGGGAGAACGGACCUACUGGCCCCCCUGGAAAGAGGGGUCCAGCUGGAACCAGAGGGCCAGAGGGACGUCAGGGAGAGAAGGGAACUAAGGGAGACCCAGGUGCUGUUGGUCCCCCAGGAAAGACUGGUCCUGUUGGCCCACAAGGUGUGCCAGGAAAACCAGGAACAGAAGGUCUCAGAGGACUUCCUGGAUCAGUGGGUGAGCAAGGAUCUCCAGGACCUUCUGGGCAGAAAGGACCACCUGGGCCAAUGGGACCUCCUGGUUUGCUUGGCCUGCGAGGAGAGCCCGGUUCAAAGGGAGAGAAGGGACAUCCAGGUCUUAUCGGUCUCAUUGGACCCCCAGGAGAGCAGGGAGAGAAGGGAGACAGAGGUUUGCCCGGCCCUCAUGGAUCAGGCGGACCAAAAGGAGAGAAUGGAAUGGCUGGAGGCACUGGACCCCUCGGCCCUGCUGGUCCUCCUGGUCUACCUGGUCCUCAAGGUGUCAAAGGAGCCAAAGGUUCUUCCGGAGGAAGUGGUCCAAAGGGAGAAAAAGGUGUACCAGGAACUCCUGGACCUCCUGGUCCUCCAGGUGAGGUCAUUCAGCCCCUACCCAUCCAAAGGAGCCCCAAGUCCAAGCGUUCCAUCGACGCCAGCCAGCUGCUCUCAGAUAGCGACCCAGACAUGCCUGCAUCUGAUGCCACUGGCACUGAGUUCCUGAUGGGCAGUGAAGGCAUGGAGGAGAUCUUUGGCUCUCUCAACUCACUUCGACAGGAGAUUGAGACCAUGCGUUUCCCUCUGGGUACCCAGGACAGCCCCGCUCGCACCUGUCAAGAUCUGCACCUCAGCCAGCCAGACCUCAAAGACGGAGAGUACUGGAUUGACCCCAACCAGGGCUGCUCCAGGGAUGCCUUCAGGGUUUUCUGUAAUUUCACUAAUGGAGCAGAGACAUGCCUAUACCCCAGCACCAGCAUCAAUACGGUAAAGAUGAACUCCUGGAACAAAGAGACUCCAGGAUCCUGGUACAGUCAGUUUGCCACUGGCAACAAAUUCUCCUAUGUGGACUCUAAUGGAGAGCCUGUGGGUGUGGUCCAGCUUGGCUUCCUGCGUCUCCUGAGCAUCCAGGCCCGUCAGAACCUCACCUACCACUGCCACCGCUCAGUGGCCUGGGCCGACCAAAGCGCCAAGAACAGCUACCACAGAGCGCUGCACUUCCAGGGUGCCAACGAGGAGGAUCUUAGCUACGAGACCAACCCUUACAUCAAGGCCUUGGUCGAUGGCUGCUCUUAUCGUAAGGGCUUUGACAGGACAGUCCUGGAGAUCAACACACCACAGGUGGAGCAUCUCCCUCUGCGGGAUAUCAAGGUGUCAGACUUUGGGGAGAGCAACCAGCAGUUUGGCUUUGAAGUGGGACCUGUCUGUUUCCAAGGCUAAAAACACACACAGAUCAUGAAAGGAACAACACUACAGACACUCAAGCAUACACACACACACACACGCACUUCGAGACACAUUUAUAUAUAUAUUAGAAAAAAAACGAACAUGCCCAGUAAUUUGUAAAUUAACUUGUAAAUGAUAUAAACACACACACACACACACACACAAAUCAUCAACACACUGACAUACACAGAUGCGGUUGUGAGACAAACACGCGCUCACACUCAAGUGCCUGGGAAAAGCAACGUCCUCCCAACAAUCAAUGGAUGUCAGAAUAAGUAAAGAGGAGAGAAACAAACAAAAAAAACUCGCAGAGAAGAGACCAUCGUCUGAGCGCACGACCGCGAGAAAGGAAGAAAAAAGCCAGGACAGAGUGUUUUUGGAAUAAAACAGUGUUUUCUUCACCAGCAGCCAAAGAGGCCGGCCUGAGAACGAAAGCAAGCCGGCGACAUGAGACAUGAAGAUCCUUGUCUCCUAUCCCCCUCUCACUCCUCUCUCCUUCCCGCUGUCUCUCCCCUUUUUUUACCCACUCAUCUCACUUGCUCUACCUCCUGCCUCCUCUUCCUAAAAAGGGUCACACCCAAACAUUAUUUCCAUUUCUUUAAUGGUUCACACUGUGAGCAACAAGGCUGAUAGUCACUCUUUAAAGAUUAAUCAGAGGGGCCGUCUGCAUACAUGAUGUUUGAAAAGUUCAACCCUUCUUUGGUGAAUCAAGUGGUAUACUUAUUAUCUAUUCUGCACUUGUAAGCCAAUAGUCCUGCUCAUGAUGCUAAAUCCAACCAGAAGACUUAACUCUUGGCAGAAAGUGACAACCAGUGUUGGCAAGUGUUCAGCUGAAAUCUUCUGUAAGAGCUAAGACGUCUGGUCAUCAACAGCCAGUGACUUGUCGGUCAUGUUGCCCACAUUGAAAACACUGUGUAACUCUCAGCUCUUUUCUUCUUGUGUUAAAAGGAACCAAAGAUAUGAAGCCACCGGUUUCCACUCAGAAUUUAGAGUGACCUGACCAAGUGAUACUUUGCUUUUUAGAUUGUUCUGUUUGUUGUUUUAGCAGCUUCUCUUCAUUGUUAUCUUUCAAUUUCAUUAAAACAGUCAACAAUGUGAUUCACAGCUCAUACAAAUAGUGAAAGGUCUUUCUGCUGUUAUGCAGCAAGGAUUGUAGACUCCAGUGCGACACAGAGUUGAUGCCUUGUUAGACCGGGCUGUUUCCUCUAUGAUCAGCAGUAAGUGUCCUCUAAUUGUUCACUUGUUAACAUUGAGCAAUAGUUGUCAUAUACAGUGAGGCCAAGAAGAAGAUUUGUGGAAACUUAGAUCAGUGAUUUAAAAGCCAUUAUUUUUGUAAACUGUGCUAAGCCUGAUGCUGAUGUACUUGCAUGCUACUGGUGCCUUUAAAACAGCUGAUUCUUUAAAUCAUGGAUCAGGCUUUAAGGGACACUAUCCCACACCAGUCCAGUAUUUUUAUUGAGUCUCUUUUCUGGGUACUUCGAUCAGUGUUUUCAAUCCAAAACACGUUUUCUGAUUUUGCAUCAGAGAACAGAGAACCUUUUCAAGGUUCAAAUAUGUUUAUGCAAUUAAAAUCCCCGCUUCCAUCUUGUUUCUUUUUUCCUACAACAGCCAAUAAAACGUAAGCUUUACGAAAAGAAACUGUGUGGCAAGGUGCUAAUCAUACAGAAAUAUAAGAUUUUAGUAUUCACUUUCAGUCCUUUAGUCUCUUUUUACAAUUUCAUGAAGCUUUUUACUGGGGAAAAUGUGCAUUACAUUCCAUUUGUACAGAAAUAGUGAUAUUCUAUUGUAUUUAUUUAAACAAACAGGGUGCUUUGAGAUUAAAAAAAAUAAGACCACCAAAUAUUCCAGUCAAAUGUGGUAUAUUUCAUUUGUAUUUAUUUCCUGUAGCUGACACUCAAGUGGUCAAGUGAAGCGAGCGACUAAGACGUUCAACUAUCUGCCAGCCUGAGCUAUGGUGCUUCUGUUCACGCCCUGUCCAAACUCCUUUUGUAAAACCAAAGAAUCUGUGGCCAUAUUUUAUUACUUCCCUUUUUAGUGUUUUCAUCAACUGUACUGUGCUGUUAAAUUUUGCUUCCACUGUAAUGAUUAAAUGGUGACUCUCCA